UUUUGGGCAUCGGGCGCAUUUUACGUAGCAGGGCUGUGCACUGCGGGCGUAUACAUAUAUAUUUGCUCCAUCGCUCGUUCCUCACCAGUCCACCCGAUUUUUGCGCGUCCCCGGGCGCCCCCAAGCUGUCCGGAGAGCAUCCCGAUCUGCACUGCUUCUUUCAAGCCUCUCCGUCAGCGCACAGCUCACCAUGUCCUCCAUCAACCUGUCAUUAGCCGCCGGCGACGCCGCCGCCGACUUCGACGAUGAAACGCUUGCCGAGGUCGGCGAAGCGGCCGAGGAGGAGGUCAUGCUGCAGGUCCACAAACAUAUAAGGGCCACGAGCGCCGCGCUCCAUGGCGUGGAAGAGGAGCGGCCCCCUGGUUUUGAGAGUGACGACAGCGACGGACCGCCGCCGCCGCCACCACCACCAAUCGCGUCGCCGGCGCGUUCUCACAAGUCGACGCAGGAACAAACGCAGGAAUUGUUCCAUGUUCCUGAGAUCCCUACUUAUCUAGAAGCCAAGGAAGCUAGACAUUUCCAGCGCAUCCACAUCGACGAGUUCGACGACGAAGGAGAAGAGUCGGACGACGUCCACGUGGGGGCCGCAAAACUCCAACGAGCUCUGGAUCUGCACGCCGAGUGGCAGGUCGACGACACUCCAGAAGUCUGCACGCCGCCCCAAUCGCCGUCGCGGUCCGCACCGUCGACGCCGCGGACCACCGCGAAACUGAGACGGAGGGACCCCCUCACGUAUACGCCUCUCCAAGCGGCGCACGAGGCUUGUAAUUACGCGAAGAUGGACCUCGCACGCCUCUCUUGUCGGGACGGCGUCUUCGUCGUCGAUGAUACCGAAAUACCUUCCCUGAAGGACUUCGCUUCAGCACUGGAAGAACUGAGGACCAUCACGACGAGCGGGCCCGUGAAAUCGCUAUCGUUCAAACGCUUGGCCUUGCUAGAACAACGAUUCAAUUUACACGUGUUGCUGAACGGCUGGCGGGAAUUGGCCGCGCAGAAAGCUGUACCACAUAGAGACUUUUAUAAUGUACGAAAAGUCGAUACUCAUGUCCACCACUCGGCCUGCAUGAACCAAAAACACCUACUAAGGUUCAUCAAGUCGAAACUCAAGAAAUCUCCCGGGGAUAUCGUUCUAUCGAGGGAUGGUACUUUGUUAACAUUAGCGGACGUCUUUCGUUCGUUAAAGCUAACCGCAUAUGACCUAUCCAUAGAUACGCUAGAUAUGCACGCCCACGACACGUUCCACCGCUUCGACCGAUUCAACCUCAAGUACAAUCCAGCUGGGCAAUCGAGACUGAGGGAAAUCUUCCUGAAGACCGAUAACCACGUGAAGGGCCGGUACCUCGCGGAAAUCACCAAAGAGGUGAUUGCCGAUUUAGAGCAGUCGAAGUACCAGAUCGCGGAGUGGCGGGUCAGUGUCUAUGGCCGGAAAUUGGAUGAAUGGAGUAAAUUAGCGGCUUGGAUUGUCGACAACGAAUUGUCGUCGCCGAACGUCCGGUGGCUCGUACAGAUUCCCCGAUUGUAUUCAAUAUACCGCAAAUCUGGUCUGGUGGAGUCGUUCGGGGAAGUCUUGGAUAACGUCUUCCGGCCCUUGUUCGAGGCUUCGCUCGACCCGGCCUCGCAUCCGAAGUUGCACGCGUUUUUGGAGGCUCUCGUCGGUUUUGAUAGUGUCGAUGACGAGAGUAAACCCGACCGCAAGCUUGAUUCGAGGUACCCUAUAGCUACACCGUCAGAGUGGAAUCAGCCCGACGAGCCGAGCUAUGCCUACUGGAUGUACCACCUCUAUGCCAAUAUUCGAAGUUUGAAUGCGUUACGACGGUCGCGGGGCCUGUCGACGUUCGAGUUCCGACCUCAUUGCGGUGAGCUGUGCAUAAAUCAAAUUCUCGCGGCGCGUCUCCGCCACGGCUCAAUCAUGGCCUCCACGCCAUCGACGCGACGCCAGCUCGACGGCGCGGCGGUGUGGGUCCUACACCACUCGAUUCAGUCAUCAUGGUCGCGUUGUCGCCGAGAAAGGACUUCGUGAAGAAUUUUCGGGUGCACCCGACUCAUCGGUUGGUUUGCGCACAGGUGGUGAAGCGGGUGAUGUGGAUCAUCUAACCGCGGCCUUUCUACUCACGAAGAAGAUCAACCACGGCAUCCAGCUGCGAAGGAGUCCGCCGCUGCAGUACUUGUACUACUUGGCGCGCAUGGGCAUCGCGAUGUCGCCGUUAUCCAACAAUAGGUUAUUCUUAGACUUCUCGAAGAGCCCCUUCCCGAAGUACUUCAAGCGCGGUUUAGAUGUCUCAUUAUCUACCGAUGAUCCUCUCAUGUUACAUUUUACCAAAGACCCACUGGUAGAAGAAUACUCGGUAGCGGCCCAGGUCUGGAAGCUGUCGUCGACGGACAUCUGCGAGAUCGCUAGGAAUUCCGUACUACAAAGUGGCGUGGAAGAUAGGUUCAAGCGCCAUUUUCUGGGAGAGGGCUAUGAUGAGGCCGGCGGCAACGACAUUCGCAUGACGAACGUGCCCGAUAUCCGGGUGGCGUAUCGGUUCGAGACGCUGGAGCAUGAAAGGAGGUACAUCCGGAAGCUGACGGCGGCGGCGUCGCCGCUGGCGUCUCCUGCCGUGGGUCGCGUGCGUUCGAUCGCUGUGGCGCGGCCUUUACCGCGUGAGCCGCCGAGCGCGGCGGCGAGCCGCUCCUUCUCGGAGGUGUUGGAUAGCCAGCUUGGCGAUUUCGAACGCGAGAAUUCGGAAGCGCCCUGGGCGCGGCGCAACUUCUCGGAGACCGACGAGUCUUUAACAUACCCCGCGACGGCGGCGCGGACGUGAACGAUGGGAGCCACUGGUAGUCAUACUAACUUGUGUAUAAUUU